GCGACAACCCCUCUCGCGUAAUACAACUCCAUCUGCGAUAUCUCCAGAAUAGCGAAACGCUGUGCUGCUACAUGCGAAUCUGUCUGACAUUAACAUUCAAUCUCCGCGGCUGUUACUACUCCUGAGAAGAGGCUCGGGUCAGAGUCUCCAGAAUGCUCCAUGAAAUAGCUGACUCCAUAACUCAACGGAUGAAUAGUUGACGGGGAGACGGUAAUCUUUGUCUUUCUGACGCGAGUUGGGCAAAAGGUAAUUCGAAAGGGGCGAAACGACUGAACGCGCUCGAAUGGGAAAAUGAAAGACUAGCCUCGGGCAAAGAUACAACACUUUUGUGCUGAUAUAAUGGCUUCUUCGCCUCGUUGUGUCCAUAACGAUUUUACUUUGCAGCGUAAUGACGCUCCACUCCCGUCCUCGGGUCUCCGCGCGUCCUUUCUAUACCGGCUAAACUUCCACCGGGGCGACUCCCCUUCUCCCCCGGUGGGGGCUUUUCCUAUAUAUAUUCUUCAAGACUCGCGUAUAUGUGGAUCCAACCCUUGCUUCACCGGCUUCUUAUCUUCAUUGGGCGAUAAUUCUUAUAUUCUCGAGCGGUACGAGCCUAGCAGGGUGGACUCGCUUGGGCAAGAAACGCAAAGUGAAACCCGCGGAGGCUGUCACUGCUCGGCCUCACAGACGAGAGUGGAGCUGAUGGAACAGAAUGAGAAGAUUCUCUCACCCUUCCACUUAGUCUCGUGCCUUUUAACGAGAAAACUCGACCGUCGGCAAUUCCAAAGUUUUCCGAGUAACCGGGACACUUGAAUUUUUCUUUUGCUCUCCUUUGUCGAAGCUUCAGCCCUCGGUAUUUCGCCAGUUAGCAAAAUCUUUUUCUCGUCUCUGUUCUUCGAGCUACAGCUUCGGCUUCCUUCCCGAAAAGCUGUUAAUUUUUCCGACUUUGAAUCCGGACCGCGAGUGGGUACGCGUUCAGGCCAGUUGCCCAGCAUCUUGGAACGAGUUUAAUUUUCAAGUCUUCAAUUAAUUUAAAAAGGCUUGAACCCCCAGCGAGGAUAGCGGUGGAAAAAUGGACUGUCUGAAAAGCCCCUAAAAAGUGCAGAAAAAGCCGCGGCUGAUAUUACACGCUGGCGGUUCCGGAGGUGUUGCAGAGGACCGCUGACAAGUAGAAAAAUGUGAGUGGGGCUGCGUGAAAGAGUCGCGCCAUCGCUCGAGCCUCGCCGCGCGUCUGCAAUGAGAAAUGAGAUAAUUCUGGACCUCCGGUUGCUGAGGCUGUACGAGGGGCGUCAGUACCGGGAGGCCGCGAGUUUUCUGCUACGAUUGCCGCGCUACACGUUCAAAGCAUCGUUGCGAGACAUACCGGUAGAUUUGAUAGUAGAGAGUCUGCCUCACAGUUUGUCGUUGCUCGAGGCAGUGUACGCGCGUUUGCUCGACUUGGCCGAAUCAAAUGAUGCGUGCAUCGACGACGCGAUGCUCGGUAGAAUCGAGCACCAGGCACUCUGGAGAAUCGUGCAUCACAUCUCGAGAACGGAGAAUCUCCGGGACGCACAGAUAUGGAGCAAGCUACUCGUGACGCUCUCGAGAUUGUCGCCGGGUUCAAAGAAGCUGCUGGCUUCGAGACGAAGAUCGUUGGAGAGAGCGGUCGAGGGUCUUGGGAAACAUGGCCUCGUACCUUCGAAUACCAACGUGGAGAAUCGUCGUUGGAGUUCAACGACGACGACGACGACGACGACCUCAUCCUCCCGUGGGGGCUUUAUCGGCUUUGGCUUUGGCAAUGCGAGCCAAACCGGUGUAAUUUCGGCUCGUAACAUCAACAACACUUGUAACCCUCUAAUAACGAGCCCGAUGACAAUGGGACUAAACAACACAACGAUUGCGAAUAUAUCGCCGGGGGAAGCGCCGACAACCCUCUUACCACUCACUGCCAAACUCAGAGAUGAACUCGAGACUCGAUUGGAGGCGUACAAGCUCGCGUUACACAAAAUCGAAAGCUGGGGCAAACAGAACGGUGGAGUCGGUGUCGGAGUCGGUGUCGGUGUCGGAGUUGGCGGUACACGAUCAAAAGCUGGCGAUCGACAAGUUCGCGCGGCGAGUCAUCAGCGCCAGUUAUCCCUGAAGUACAGCGAAGUGCAGCAGCGUUUGAUCGACAAUCAGAGCCUUCUGAACAUAUUGGGGAAGCCGAGCGACCGUAAUUUGGAGGAUCUGAUUGGCGAGCUCAGACGGCGCGUGGAGCGCGACAAAGAGGCGCUGAGGCAAUGGAACGCGGUGAGAAAAUCCUCCGGAUUGAGCACCGGCACCGGAAGUCUAGCUGCGAAUAAAAAUCCCGCCCUCGCCGCGAGCCUGUUGCAAUUUUCUCGGGCUUGCAGUCUCGCCCUUCGCUUGAUGAACGAAGAAGCGGAUGCGCCCGCGGGAUACCAGGAAAUUGGACAUACGAAGGAUACGGAAAGUCUUCGAGAAGAGAGAUUCGAGGCUGGCGAAUCGAGCAGCAGCGCGGGCUAUCACACAGACGACAGUUGCAGCCCGACUCCGGAGCCCGUUGUAAUUGUUACGAGUACAAACAAAACCGCGAGCAAUAACGGUGGCAUUUCACUGGAGCACACCGCCGGAAGUAAAUCGUGGACGACCGAGCAACUUACCGAUAGGUAUGUCGCUCUGUACGCCCACGCUCACUUGCACACGCUCGAUGCUUUAGAUGCUCUCGAGCCUCUUAAGGACGCGACCGAUCUCAAAGCGAAAAUCCUGUUCUCCGUUGUCGUCCUCUCAUGGCGAGUUUCCGAAAUAGUGCAAGCCUCGAGACGUCACGAGGCAAUUAAAGUAUUAAACGGCGGAGGAUCACAAGCGAGUGGAAUGAGUCUAUCGUCGAAGAAUCUCUCGGAUGUCGGACCGAGCGUGGAAUCGUCGGGGCGCAAGAGCAACAACGAAGCAAAAAAACUGUCAAACCAACUGGCAGAAUGUAUGAACGAACAAAUAGCGAGAUUCGGUUACGACAGUGGCACGCGACAAGUGGCGGAGCGUGUUUUAUCGCAGUUGGAACGCACGCUGUACGAUUUUCCAUGCCUGAGACAAUCGAGCGAACUUAAACGUUACGCGCUCGCAUGCUCCUCGCUGGCUUGGAUCUGUUUGGCACGCGAGAGCCCCCUUAUACUUGAUGUUGCACAGGGAUUCAACGAAUUCGACAACGAGAUACACGCGAGGCAUCAUGCCUCGCCGGAUCCCCAAGGAACCAGAAUUAUCGCUGUUUUAUGGCCGGGACUUCUCUUACGAGAGGCUUCGAGAACAUCCUGCUUGUACAGGGCUGUUGUACUAACAGCAUCUUCGCUCUCUCCUUUCGUCAAUUAAAGUCGAUUUAACGACGGAGCCGCAAUAGAUUCUAUGUCCAUUUGUAUUUAUAUCUGUAUAUGCGUGAGCGUAAUUCAGUAACUUUAUAUUUAUUGCCUCAAUUGUAAAAUCAUUUUAUCAGGGCACUCGCGACUUUUUAUUUAUUUGUAUCUCGAUCGAAAUGAUCUUCGCACAGGCAGCUUUGUUGGACGGAAAAAAAUCCACGGUUGUGUCAACAAACGUUUGUCCAACUUUUUUUCACGAAAUAAAAAUAAUGAGAAUUUGACCAAAUUUCGUGAUAACGUUCUUUGGCAUCAAGUAUACAAAUAACAUUUUUUUCAAAUUUUUUU